AUGGCCACAGAUGGACCGGCACCGACAACAAUAGAGGACGCGCCUGUGUUGGCGUUUACACGCCUCACGCCGCCGGCCAAGUCGGACUCUGCCAAUGCAGAGAGUUCGGCGUCCCCUCCUCCGGCUGUUGUCUUUCUCCACGGCGCCGAGUCCUGCCAUCUUGAGUUUACGCGCGUGGCUGCGUGUCUGGAGGCCGACUACGACCUUUUGCUUGUUGACCUGCCGGGCCACUCGCGGUCCAGGCACAUUCCCUUCAGCUUUGACAACACAAUCCGUGGGCUGGCCCGACUCGUCACCGCGCACGUGGUCGCCCAAAAAGCCCACGUUGUCGGUCUGUCGCUGGGCGGCUUCCUUGCCCUCGAAUGGGCCCGCCGCCAUCCGGACCAGGUCCUCUCUGUCUGGUGCACCGGCUGCAGCCCCUUUACCGGCACGCGCCUGUGGUUUAUGCAGCACCCGCGGCUGCUGAGCGGUCUCGUGACGCUGGCCGGGCAGCUGGCGACGGAGCGCAUCUUUUGGGCGACGCUGGGCGGCGCGCAGCCCAUCCCAGGGCUGCGGGACGAGGUGCAAAAGAACCAGAACAUGGCGACGCUGCGGCCCGCGUACGAGGAGCUGGCCCUCGUCACAAACGACAACCUGGCGGCCAUCCGCGGAAGCGUGCGCGUGGCGAUUGUGGCCGGCGCCAAGAUGGACAAUGUGGACGAUACGACGACCGCAGGCAUCGUCUUGCGGCGACAGAACGCGGCCAGUGGCGCGUACGUCGUGCGCAACGCCAUCCACUGGUGGUCCCUUCAGUUCCCGGAGCUGUUUGCCGAGGGCGUGCGCGCGUGGAUCGAGGGCCGGCCGAUGCCCGACGAAUAUGAGCCGUUGACGUGA